UCUGUCUAGCUCUCGCCUGCUUUCUCACGUAUGUGACACUUUUCGUUGCUAAUAAAUCCUUACUAACCAAAUUUUUUUACGAGUAUUUCCUUUUCUGGAUGUUAUGCGAGAAGUCGACAGUCUCGAUCCCAUGGCCGUCCCGAAGCCGCCCACCUACAAGAGCAGCAAGGUGCUGCCGCUGAAGCUCUGCUACAAAAUCCCCACGGAUCAGUUUGUCCCGGCCGGCCGGACGUACGACACCUGCUCCAACUAUGUGGCGGAGAUCCGUGUGGAGGAAGAGCCCGGCUAUCCGGAAAUCCAGGCCUGCACCUGGAUUGUCCGCCUGGCCGUGGUGGACGGCGGUGGCAGCGUGCGGGGCAUGGUGUAUCCGAAAGGCGACAACCAGGCCAUCAAGAGCUGCACGACCGUCAUGGUGGAGUGGAGCGCGCGGGCCUUUGAUGAUAUAUGUGACAUCCGCAUCGGUCCAACGGGAUGGUGCCAGUCGUUGGCCCAGUACAAUUCACUGUGCACGUUAGCGUAUGUCGCGCCCUGCUUCUGCGGCCAGACCCACUACCAACUGCGCAAGGACGGCUUCGUCUUCGUCACCCUGACGUUCGACAUCCCCAGCCCGGCGGGGUCCACCUCUCGACAGCGACUGGAUUUGCAGUAUCUGUGGGAUUCACAGCUGCUGGCCGAUUGCCGACUCCUCUGCCAGGGACGCGAGUUUCCCGUGCACCGGGCGAUUCUGGCAGCACAGUCGCCGGUGUUUGCCGCCAUGUUCCAGAGUGACAUGGCCGAGAAGGCGACGGGUGUGUGCCGGAUUGAGGAUACCAGUGCGGAGGUGUUAGACAUACUACUGAGCUUUGCCUAUACCCGAGUCGCAUUCGAAGCCGGUGAUGAGACCCUGAUGCAACUAUGGCACGCGGCGGAUAAGUACGAUAUGAAGGAAUUGGGCGCGGAGUGCGAGCGCGUGAUGAUGGGAGCGCUGACGGCGGAGAAUGCCUAUCUCUUCCUCGGUUUCGCCCGGGAACAUUCCUUGGUGAAGCUGAAGUCGGUCGCGGCGAAAUUUAUCGGGCAGCAUCCAACGGACAUUUGACUGCGUUAGGCGAAUGCUUGUUUUUUUCGGAAUACGAGAUAUAUUUUCAAGUCCGUAGAAACUUCUCCGGCUGUUUUUUUUGCGUUUAAAGGUUUUUUUCGCUGAUGACGAAUUUGUGGUUGCGGUUGAGAAUUGUUGAGUGUAUAUUGUUGGUUGCCGCUUUUGCCGGCGUAUUUGCGGAUGACUGUCCACUUCCGGUGGAAAUUUUUGUAUAUUCUGUUAGCUUUUUAACGAUUUUGUUGUCUGCAGCAAACUGUUUUUUUUUCUUAAGAAAGAUUGCUGGCUUUCAGUUUCUUGUGGUCAACUUAAAUCUUACAUACUACCGUACUAGCUGUACA